GUGGACAGUGAAAGCAUCGCUUCGCUGAGCAGGGUUGGCAUUCAAGCGCCCAGAUCUGCCAAGCGCCUCGCUUUACGAGGACCAUUCGCUUCUUCGCGGUUACGCUUCCAAAGUACGUUCAGUCUCAACUCCUUCUCUUCGUGGAAGUGAGCGGAAGCUGCUUCAUCUCAAUGGUUGCUAACUGCUGUUGACACCUCGCACGACGCUGGCCCUUCGCAGCGCCUUCUCAAGCUUUUGCUAGGGAUCGCAAAGUAGAGACGCUCAUUGGGAAGGAGUACCCUGCAAUUGGCAUCUGGUGCACGAGACGGAAGGGAUAUUGGCGAGAACAAGCCGCUUCGAUUAGUGACGUGGUGGAAGAUUCACUUUUAGCCCAAGAUGGCUGCACACGGACGCUUCACGGAGAGUGCUGCCACGCAGCGCCUCGUCAGAGAGGUACAGUUUGGCGUUCUAAGCCCGGAUGAGAUUCGAGCCAUGUCUGUUCUUAAGGUUGAGCACCCUGAAACGUUGGACGAGAAUGGCAAGUACAAAGUAGGCGGUCUUUCGGAUCCUAGACUCGGUACCAUCGAUCGCAACUUCAAGUGCCAGACGUGCGGCGAGGGAAUGGCCGAUUGUCCAGGCCACUUUGGGCACAUCGAGCUUGCUCGCCCCGUAUACCAUCAGGGGUUCAUCAAGCUGAUCAAGAAGAUCCUUGAGUGUGUCUGCAAUCGUUGCGGCAAGCUGCUGGCUGAUGAGCACACCGACCCGGUGUUUAAAGCUAUCUUGGAACGUACGCGAGGGCCGAAGGCGCGCAACAGGCGAUUGCAGGCAGUGUGGGCGCACUGCAGCAAGAUUUCCGUGUGCCAGACAGACGACCUGAAGGAGGAGGAUCCGCUCGCAGAUGUUCAGGCCGAGGUGCUCGGACAUCAUGGAUGCGGACACGUCCAGCCAAAUAUCAGGCGUCAUGGGCUGGUGAUAAACACCGUUCCCAAGAAGGGCAGCAAAGUAGAGGACGGCGAGGCGGCGGAGGAAGCUGACAAGAAAGGCAAUUCUCAACCGAACAAAACGAAGUUCUCUGCUGCUGAUGCACAGCAACUCUUGAAGAAGAUGAGCGACGAGGACAUCGAGCGCCUGGGCUUGUCGACUGUCGAUGCACGUCCCGAGUGGAUGAUCCUGACUGUCUACCCUGUUCCUCCUCCUCCUGUCCGUCCGGGAGUCGCCGAAGGCACUACAGGCAAAGGAGAGGACGAUUUGACUUACAAGCUUGCAGACAUCAUCAAAGCGAGCGCUCAGCUCAAGCGCUUCGAAAACGAAGGCGCACCAGCUCACAUCAUUUCAGAGUUCGAGCAAGUCCUACAAUUUCACUGCGCAACACUCAUGGACAACGAGUCGGCCGGUAUACCAAAGGCCAUGCAGAAGUCAGGACGACCGGUGAAGUCGAUCCGUGCAAGACUGAAAGGCAAAGAGGGUCGUCUGCGUGGCAAUCUCAUGGGCAAGCGCGUGGAUUUUUCAGCGCGUACUGUCAUCACUGGUGACCCCAACUUGGAGCUUGAUCAGGUUGGAGUGCCCAAAAGCAUCGCACGCAACUUGACCUAUCCCGAAAAAGUCACUCCGUACAACAUCAAGGACCUGCAGGAGCUUGUUCGACGAGGACCAACCGAAUGGCCGGGUGCUCGUUACGUGAUACGUGACACUGGAGAGCGUAUUGAUCUCAAGUACAACAAGCGAUCAGACAUGGCCUUGCAGUAUGGAUGGACGGUGGAGAGACAUCUCAGGGAUGGGGACUACGUUCUGUUCAAUCGUCAACCAAGUCUUCACAAGAUGUCCAUGAUGUGUCACCGUGUCAAGCUCAUGGACUUCUCGACUUUCCGACUUAAUCUAUCUGUCACGCCACCCUACAACGCUGACUUCGAUGGUGACGAGAUGAAUCUGCACGUUCCUCAGAGCGAGGAGACCCGAGCUGAGCUCAGUCAGAUCGCUUGGGUACCGAGACAGAUCGUGUCUCCACAAGCAAAUAAGCCAGUCAUGGGCAUUGUGCAAGACACGCUUUGCGGCAUUCGGAAGUUUACGCUUCGCGAUUGUCUUUUGGACUACGACGCGGUCCAAAACCUACUGCUAUGGGUGCCUGAGUGGGACGGCACAGUGCCCAUGCCUUGCAUCAUCAAGCCUAAGCCGUACUGGUCGGGCAAGCAAUUACUGUCUCUCUGCAUUCCAAAGGGCAUCAACGUCAGCAAUGGAGGAGUCAUCAACCGCCAGAAGUGCAACGUCGAUGAUAGCGCCGUGGCCAUUGAGAACGGCGAGCUGCUCACCGGCGUCAUCAACAAGAAGGUGGUUGGUGCAGUUGCAGGGGGAUUGAUCCACGUCAUCUUUAGAGAGCGCGGACCCAUCGUCUGCCGCGACUUCUUUGGUGGUGCGCAGCGUCUUGUGAACUACUGGCUGCUGCACAACGGGUUCAGCAUUGGUAUUGGCGAUACCGUCGCAGACGACAACACUGCGAAGAAGAUUACGGACGAGAUCAUGAACGCCAAAGCCAAAGUGGCUCAUCUGAUCGACGACGCGAAGAACGACAAGCUGAGAACCAAGCCGGGUAUGACUCUCCGAGAGUCGUUCGAAGCUGAAGUCAAUUCAAUCCUCAACAAAGCUCGUGACACGGCCGGCACAGAAGCGGAGAGAGACUUGCCGGAUUGGAAUAACGUGAAGCAAAUGGUUAUUGCCGGUUCCAAAGGUUCUUUCAUCAACAUCUCUCAAAUGUCUGCCUGUGUGGGCCAGCAAAGCGUCGAGGGCAAACGCAUUCCCUUCGGAUUCCGCCAUCGCAGCCUGCCACACUUCACAAAAGACGACUUCAGUCCCGAAUCUCGUGGCUUCGUCGAGAACUCUUACAUGCGUGGUCUGACUCCUCAAGAGUUCUUCUUCCACGCCAUGGCGGGUAGAGAAGGUUUGAUCGACACAGCCGUCAAGACGGCUGAGACCGGAUACAUUCAGCGUCGUCUCGUCAAAGCGCUCGAGGAUGUCAUGGUCCACUAUGACGGUACGGUACGGAAUUCGACCAACAGCGUCAUCCAAUUUGCCUAUGGAGAAGACGGUAUUGACGGUGCUAUGGUCGAGCGCCAGCAUCUGAUCACACAUCGCUUGACGGACAAGCAGUUCCACAAUCAAUUCCACGUGGAUCUGCACGAAGCAAAUGGUGGCUACAGGCCGGGAACACUCCUGCCAGGGUUAGCAGAAUGGUCUCCAGAGCUUCAAUCCCUAAUCGACGUCGAGUGGGCUCAGCUUUGCGAGGACAGAAAUCUCUUGCGCUCGUUCAUUUUCAAGACUGACCGCAACGACGUGCAGCUGCCAAUGAACAUCGCGCGCCUUAUUGUCAACGCGAAGCAAGAGUUCCGCGUUGACGAUCGCAUGCCCACCGAUCUCUCACCAGCCAAGAUCAUCACGGAUCUACGCACUUUGCUCGACAAGCUUGUCGUGGUGCGUGGAGGAGAUGCUAUCUCGCGCGAGGCGCAAUUCAACGCCACCAUCUUGUUCAAGACCCAUCUGCGAGCAACAUUCUCCAGCCGAUACGCCAUCGAGCGCCUUCAUCUCAACAGCGAGGCGUGGGACUACAUUCUGGGCGAGAUCGAAAUCCAGUUCGCGAAGUCUGUGGUUGCUGCUGGAGAGAUGUGCGGCACCCUCGCUGCUCAGAGUAUCGGAGAGCCAGCUACGCAAAUGACGCUCAACACAUUCCACUACGCUGGUGUAGCGAGUAAGAAUGUGACGCUUGGUGUACCUCGCCUCAAGGAAAUCAUCAAUUGCGCGGAGAACAUCAAGACACCUUCUCUCGCCGUGUAUCUCACGCCAGAGUACAGCGGUAGCGAGGAGCAGGCCAAGCGUAUCACUGCGCAUCUCACCAAUACCACGCUGCGCACCGUCACGGAGAGUGUUGAGAUCCAUUUCGACCCGGAUCCCUCAGCGACGAACAUCGAAGAGGACCGUGACUUCGUCGAAGCUUUCUUUGCCAUUCCUGACCCGGAGAUGGAAGCAUCCUUGCCAAAGCAACAGUCUUGGCUGCUCCGCCUCAUUCUGAGCAGAAAGGAGAUGCUCAACGCUGAGCUGACAAUGGCAGAGGUCGCCGCGAAGAUAUCGGAGAAGCUUGGCGAAGACGUUUUCGUCAUGCACAGUGAAGACAAUGCAGACAAGCUGGUUCUGCGCAUUCGUGUCGUCGAGAGCGAGCUCGAUAAAGACACUGAGGGGCAGGAGGACGUUCUGCUGCGCAAGAUUGCGGACCUCCUCCUUACAGACCUCGAUCUUAAAGGUGUCACGGGCAUCAAAAAAGUGUUCAUUGUCGAGCAAGACAAAACGCAUCAACGCAUCAAUGCUGAGGGUGGAUGGGAGCCUGUCAAAGAGUGGAUGCUCGACACCGACGGAUCCAACUUGAAGGAGGUACUGGCGGUUGAAGGUGUCGACAAGGUCCGCACAGUGUCAAACAAUUGUGUCGAAGUCUUCAAAGCCUUUGGGAUUGAAGCUGCCAGAUUGUCCCUGUUGCGUGAAGCCAAGGCAGUCAUCGAGUUCGAUGGGUCCUACGUCAAUUAUCGCCAUCUGGCCCUGCUUUGCGACCUGAUGACCAUGCAAGGCCAUCUGAUGGCGAUCACCCGUCACGGCAUCAACAGGACCAAUCAAGGCGCCCUCAUGAGAUGCACGUUCGAGGAGACGGUCGAAAUCCUGAUGGAUGCCGCUUCUACCGGUACCCUCGACGAUUGCAAGGGCGUCGCAGAAAACGUCUUGCUCGGCCAGAUGGCGCCAAUGGGCACUGGGGCAUUCGAAGUGCACCUCGACGUUGAUCAGCUCAAGGACGUCAUCGUGGACUUGCGCUACACCCAAGCAGCUGCGAUGAGCGCUAGCUUCAAUGCUCAAGACGGCAGCAAAACCCCAGGCGGAGCCCUCACUCCGUACGACUCCUCCAGCCCGUCGAGCGGCUACAUGAUAGACGAUGCUGGAAGCGGUGGCUUUGCUUUCUCACCUUUAGCUAUGCAACAAGAAGAGCAGUACAGCGAUUUCCUCGGCGCUGGAACCACGCCGAUGCGAACGCCAAUGGGAGGUUACUCUCCCGGUCAAGGUCUCGGAUACUCUCCUUCCAGUCCAAUGGGCUACUCGCCAGCAUCGCCGGCGUAUGCAGCUACCAGUCCGGCCAUGGUCAGCCCUUGGGUAUCGGGCGGUGCAGGCGGCACAAGUCCAGGCUACAGUCCCACUAGUCCUCGCAUCAACUUCGGCAAUGCUCCCACCUCGCCAAGCUUUUCGCCUGCGUCGCCAAGCUUCUCCCCUUCGUCGCCGAGCUACUCUCCGCUCAGUCCCCGCGCCAAUGGAUCGCCGACGAGCCCAUCUUGGAGUCCCACCAGCCCACAAUUCAGUCCCACGAGUCCACAGCAGCAGUACUCGCCCGCCUCGCCCAAGUGGAGCCCAACCUCGCCGUCGUAUUCGCCGACGUCGCCCCAAUACUCGCCCACUUCGCCGCGAGGUGCUGGUGGACGCUUUGGACCUACGAGCCCUGCCUACUCGCCGACGUCGCCCACGUACAGCCCGGCAUCGCCAUCGUACUCGCCAACGAGCCCACGUCACGGAGGUCCAACGUCUCCGCAGUACUCUCCGACGUCGCCUUCAUUCUCGCCGACCUCGCCUCAGUACUCACCAACGUCUCCUCAAUACUCCCCCACGUCACCACAGUAUUCGCCGACUUCUCCUCAAUUCUCCCCCACCUCGCCUAUUGCUGGCGGUGCGGCUUCGCCUGGUGGUGCAACGUCGCCCCAACGCAGGUCCCGCUUCAAAGAAGGCGGAUCACCAUGGGCAUCGCGCCGCUAAGCUCCACUGCGCCUUUGACGCCAGCAAGCCGCCUCGAUGCAGCGACGUUCGCAGCCUUUGGGACACAAAACCUCCUUCAAAACAAAUGGAACCCUCUCACCUGAUGUACGCCUCGACCUUGAAAGCACAAUACAGUACCAAUUGCAAUAUAACUUAGCGACCUUUUACCAGCCUACGCCCACAUUGGCGCACUCUUCUACUUUGCUGC